AUGGGCGGGGAUGCAGCAAGGGUGCAGCUCAGAGAAGGGGGUAAUAUAUCUAUCCCCGGGCCUGACACUCACAAAGUGGUCUUUGGGGAAGGUGCUUUUGGUGAGACUGCUGCUGGUGUCUCAGGGCUUGAGGGCGAAGCCUGUUCCCAGCAGGCUGGUCACCCGCAGUCUUGCUCCCCAGCAGUGUCCCUGGCUCGCCUUCAUCAUUCAGGACACCAAGGCUCCGGAGGCAAGGGUGAAGCCGGGUCGCCAGCGUCCCCGCGGCUUCCGGGCACCUGCGCGCCCGACGACGCCCACCCGGCCCUCGACCUGGCGGCCUUCGAGUGCCUAGCUCCGAGCCAGGCCAGCGGCCUGUGGGAGCAGCUGCAGCGGUUCUGGGCCGACCACUUUUCGCGGCGCUUCUCGCCGCGGCGGCCGCCGCUGCGUCGCAUCUCCUCCAUGUCCACCUUCUACCUGCUGGACCACCGGACUCGCCAAGCGGAGCUGGGCCUCAGCUACGGCGCGCCACGCACGCGCCUCAGCGACGAGGCCUUCGUGUUCCGCGGCGGCCGGUGGGUCAUGGAGGGCCAGCUGGUGCGGUCGCGGCCGCCGCUGUCCUCGCCGACCAUCUCGGGCUGGAAGGCGCAGGUGCACCGGGUCAAGAACCAGGUGUUGCUGGAGGAAAACAACUACCUGAAGCUGCAGCAGGAACUGCUCAUGGACAUGCUGACUGAGACCACCGCGCGUAUGCACAUGCUGGAGAAGAAGCUCAACCCCGAGAUCAACCCCGCGGCGGCGGCGCGCGCCUGGCAGAAGAAGAUGCGUAAGCGCGAAAGCGCCGGGCGCGUGCUCAUGAUCGAGCCGCGCGCUCUGGAGUCGCGGUGACGCAAUAAAGCCCGUGGCGCGCACGCGCCUGGCGUCUGGCUCUGGCGGGGGCCGCAGCG